AUGAGAACUUCUUAUUUCUCCAGUGGUAAAUCACAAGCAACAACAAUUAACGGAAAAAGAUCAUCAGUUAAUUCCAUUCAACAUCAAUGUGAGUCAUCUGCUCAACAUUUUGGUCUUAUUGAGUACAUCUAUGAAUCAUGGAACUCGGUAUCUAAAGAACUAGAUUCAUGCCAUAAUCAAUCGCAUGGAGAUGCCCAAAGCUAUCGAAAUGGAGCAUCUGUUUCAUAUUACCAAGAACGAGAGCCCAAUCCUCAACUUAAGGGUUAGAAAAAUUUAUUCUUGAACGGAAUUAUAAUUGAUUAGUUAAA